ACUGUUAUUUUAGAUCUAGUUUGUUGGUAUAUGGUUUGUGAGCCGACAAUUCAAAGGUGUAUGCAUGGAAACCAUUGCAUCAUCCGUCUACCUUGAUCAGCUUCGCUCGCAAUUGCUGGGCUUUUUGCCAUGCCAAGUUUCUCAGACCGACAAGACGCUCAUCGGGUGGCAGGUACUUCUUCGCGUUGACUGUUUUGAUCGCACCUGCCCAUGGUGGAAGAUCUGUCUUGGACUUUGCUUUCGAAACAUGAAGCUUGACGCUGCAUCCAUUCUACUUCUGAUCAGUCACGACAAGAUCCAUUAUCAUCAUCCAGCCUCUUUUUAUUCAUCCCGUAUAUCGAUCAUCCAUGAUGGCAAACCCUGCACCUAGCCUUGAACCCAUUGACGAGCUCUACCGGCUCCUCGGCGAUGCAAACAACCAACUUCAAAUUGCCAAAGAUCAGGCUACGGCUCUCGAAGAGAAGGUCGAAGCUCUCGAAGAGAAGGUCGAAUCUCUCGAACAACAGGUUGCCGAGCUCAAGGAACAGCGCGAUGCUGGAGACGAUCCUUCUGUCCAGCCAAUGGAGACGUCCUCGGAUACCCAGAUCCCCAUUUCACCACUGCCUACCACAUCGCAGUCGGGUUCAUCCGCACCCGCAACUGUGCCUGCACCUGUACCUGCACCUGCACCUGCACUUGCGCCCACGCCUGCAUACGCUAUCGAAGACAUUGACUUCACCGUAUGGGCCAAUGAUGCGAUGGACGCCAUACACAUUAGUCCUGAAGCCCGCUCUCAUAUCGAUGACAGGCCCUGGAAAGACCUAGAAACAAAGUUCCUCACCGAAAUCUCUGAGUUCGAAGAGAGGCUGAAAUCCAAAACUGCGUCCAAGUUGAUAAAGGGUUCAACCCUAAACCCUUUGGAACCCACCCAAUACUGCCUCAGGGGCACAAUAACCAAAAUCGACUGUAUAUGGACCCUCGAGGAACCGGGAAAGUACUGUUGUAAGAAGUGCUUCCGCAAUAAAUGGCUUUGCGUCAAGUACAAUGAGCAGAACAGAAGAGUGGAGCUGUUGCCAUUGCCGGAACGUCUUAGGCCCCAGGAAUUCGGACCGCUGUGUUUCACGGGAAACACUCGCGGUCAGAAGAUGACGGGCAUAUACGAGGGGGUUUGGGGAUGAGGAUUCGACAGCUUAGAAUAGCAGUGCUGCUGCGUACAGUUCGGCGAGCGUUGAGGAAAGACAAGGAAACAACUAUGCAUGUCGAAAACACAAAGGAGGACAAUCAUUCAUCAGAAGGAGACACUCAUUCAUGAAAGGACAUCCUCACAACGAACAUUUGCUUCCAUAC